CUAACAGCAUGAGUCACUGGGUAUUGCUGGCAUGGCUAUAAAGGCCCCAAGAUCUCCGUUGGGUAUGCAUAUUUAGACAGGGUGAGGAGUGAGAAUUUGCAAUGCUGCUUGCCAUCUUAAAAGCAACACUCUUCCUGCCCUGGUGCCUGGCCCUCCCAGUUCCCCCAGCUGCAGACCUUAAAGGAUGGGACUUUGUUAAGGACUAUUUCCAACGCUUUUUCAUGACCAAGAAGGAGUCAUCACCCCUUACACAGGGAGAACAGAUACGGUUCCUGCAGCAGUUCUUCCGUCUGAAUGUCACAGGCCUACUGGACAAGCAGACACUGGCUGUGCUGCGCCAGCCCCGCUGUGGGGUACCUGAUGCGGCGUACUACUCUGUCUCCCCAGAAAGACUUAAAUGGGAUGAGGACACUCUGACCUAUAGGAUUAUCAAUUACCCAUAUGGUUUGAAGACAUCCACAGUGAAAGAUAUUAUGCGUGCAGCAGUUUCCAUCUGGAGCAGCGUGACCCCCUUGGUCUUUGAGCAAGUGGAUGAUCGAGAUGCAGACAUCAAGAUUUCUUUCUGGGCCUUGGCUCAUGGAGAUGGUUUGCCCUUUGAUGGACGAGGUGGUGUUUUAGGCCAUGCUUUUUUACCACAUUCUGAAACUCCAGGAGUUGUCCACUUUGACAAGGAUGAACAUUGGUCAACUUCACACAGGGGAAUUAAUCUGUUCCUGGUUGCUACUCAUGAGCUAGGUCAUGCUCUGGGCCUGUACCACUCUGGGAAUCCGAACUCCAUAAUGUACCCUACCUAUGAGUACAAGGACCCCAGAACCUUCCACCUCAGUCUUGAAGAUAUCCGAAGAAUCCAGCACCUAUACGGUCUGUGCCUGUGGGAGGGAAGGGGAUCUGGGCAGGAAAUUGUACUUGGAAUUUACUCAUUUUUUUCCUUCUGUCCUUUCAGGGAGAAAAGAAGCAUGAUUUUCUAAAAUGCCCUAAUGCUGGUACAGAGAGUCUUUUCAUGGUUUCAUUGGAGGAACAAAGGACUCAAGGCACUAAAGCAACCUUGGGGACUGCUUGAAUUGAAUCCUAAAGAAGGGCACCUAGUCAGAAUAGCUGAGUCAAAGUCAGAACGUUUCUGAGUCACAAUAAAGAUGAUUUUUAAAAGUAGUUUUUGUUCUCACUAUUUGGUGUAUCUCAGCAGUUGAUACGUUCAACCACUGUGAUCAGGGAAAGAGAAAAGAAUGUAGUAGAGUGGGGAACUCUAGCAAAGAUGGCCAUGAAACACUAGAGUUACCUGCAAGAUAACAAAAUAUUAGAAACAGCUUUUGCGUGUUACUACUCUAUGGGUAAAAUUUAAGGAAUGUUAUUAUUUAUGUUAUGUUUAAAUUGUAGUUAUAGAGACCAACUGUGAUGGUUUAUUCACUUAUUACCUAGGAGUGUUUAAAAAAUAAUCUAUACUUAAGAACUUCUCCACAAAUAGUUUCAAAACUGACAAAAAAGGAAAUUUGAAUCGUCUUAUCAAAUCUCUGAUUACAAACAACUCCUAUAUGGCACCUCCUCAGAAAACUAGAAAUAGAAAUAUCAUAUAAUCCAGCAAUCCCACUCCUAGGAAUAAAUUCUACAGAAAUAAGAGCCAUCACAUGAAUAAACAUAUGCACACUCAUGUUCAUUGCAACAUUAUGCACAAUAGCUAAAAAGAUG